UACUUAAAACCAUUCAAGAAACAGCAAAAAAAUUAUCACAAAUUGAACAAAUUCAAACGAAAAUUCAUAAUGAAUUAUUUUCCUCCUCUUCUUCUUCUUCCGAUGAUGAUGAUAAUGAUUCAUCGUGGCGUUCAAUUAUUAAUAAACGUUUAAAAUUAAAAACAAAAUAUAAAACAAAACAUAAAUUAGAAAAGAAAAUAUUCUUUAAAGAAAAUCAUUUUGGAAAUAUAGUUGGACUUUUUUUUUAUCCAUUAAUUACAUUUAUUGAUAAACCAACAACACAUUUAUCAUUAAUUGACGGUGAUAAUGAUCAUUUAUUAUUAUGUGAACUUUUGGCUUGUUUAGGACGUUUAUGUAUUCAUGCACAAAAUACUUUACCAUUGAAUAAUAUGAUUAAGUUAUAUUUACAAGUAUUAAAAACAUUACAACAACAUCAAAAUCCCGGUGUUAGACAUGCAGUUGUUUAUGCUUAUGCAUGUUGUCUUGUUUCUAUUGGCAAAAAUUGUUAUGAUGAAGAUUUACAAACGAAUUUUAUUGAUUUAAAACAAUGGUUAGAUUAUAUUAUUAGUAAAGAUACAAAUACAGAAGUACAAAAAUUAGGAAGAUCAGUAAGACAAAUUUUAUUAAAAACUUUACAAGAAAUAACAGAGAAUUAA